GCAAGCCUGCUUGUCGAUCGCGUCGCGUCCUCCCCGCCAUGCCGUGAAGCUUCCAAAAUGCGCGUCUCACCAAUGACCGCGCACCCGGCCUCAUGUCAUCUACUAUCUAUCUACUAGAGGAGGGCGUCGUCCAGUUCCAGUAUAUAACCAAAGGGCCACGGCCGCAAACGUCGCAGCAGCAAUCCAUAUCCAAGCAAGAAGAAGAGCAGCAUAAGACCACUUGAUCUGAGACACAUCAUCGAUCAGACAUCUAUCUCUGCUAGCGAGCUCGAUCAAGCUCACCGCCGGCCGGCGAUCAUACCAAUUCAUAUAUUAUCGAUUAGGUACCUCGAAGGCGAAGCAGACCGAUCGAGGAUGGUUGUCGCGUCGUCGUCUUCUGCCCCCACCACCAGCAGCAGAAGCAGCAGCAGCAGCAGCGAGCUGGGUGCCCUGUUCGCCGCGUUCGACAAGGACGGCGACGGCCGGAUCUCGGCGGCGGAGCUGCGGCUGUGCAUGAAGGCGACGCUUGGCGAGGACGUGUCGGCGGAGGACGCGGAGGCGCUGGUUGCCUCGGUGGACGCGGACGGCGACGGGCUGCUUGACGCGGCCGAGUUCGCGCGGCUGGUGCACGCCGAGGUCGGGGAGGAGGAGCGCCACCGGGGGCUCCGCCAGGCGUUCGGCAUGUACGAGAUGGAGGGCCAGGGCUGCAUCACCCCCACCAGCCUCAAGCGGAUGCUCAGCAGGCUCGGCGCGCACCAGGAGAUCGACGACUGCCGCGCCAUGAUCUGCAGGUUCGACCUCGACGGCGACGGCGUCCUCAGCUUCGACGAGUUCAAGAUCAUGAUGAACGCCGCAUGAAACACAGAUACAUGUAUAGAUUGUGCUUGCAUGCGCCGCUUCAUUGCUCUAGGAUUUGUUCAUAUACAUAUCCCAUCCAUUCAUUCAAUUUCAUUUGGUAUAUAUAUGGUUAAUAAAUCUGGCACUGUGUCUGUGCAUAUUCGUUUAUUCAGCAGAAAUUGAAUUAUUGUUCGUUAUUACUUGACUGAAUAAUCACAAAGGAAAUUAAAUGUCCA